GUCUUCAUUCAAGUUUAAUCGACAUGUAAACCGAGUCUAAAGCUAAAUCAACAUUAACCAGUAUAGCUAAACCAAGAUAUCUAAACUCUAAUAUACAAAUAUAUAUUUUUUUUUGGUAAAAGAACUCUCUAAUAUAUUUCUCUAUAUAUUAUCAUCGAUUCAAUUCAUUGUCACAUUCACUAUUCAGCAUUUCUUUAAUUUUGGGAGUGAGUGGGAAGUAGUAGGAACAUCGACAUAGGGAAAGAGAGAGGAAAAGAAAACACAAAAAUGGUGGAGAGCUUGCUGAAGACGCCGGAACAGGAUCUGGGGAAGAAAGGGCGCGUCACACCAGCAACACGGAAGAUCGAAUUGAAAGAAGCAGUGUACAAGUUCGAUCGAAAGGGGUACAGGUCUGUGAAAAAGAAGACUAGCUCUGGCUCAUGGAGACUUACUACCGGACCCGGUGCUGAUAAAGUCAUCGAUGCUGAUUGGCUUACCGAUUCUAAUUGGCUAACCGAUGGUGAGAAAGUUAGCAAAGGGAUCGCGGUUUUGAGGACGCGUCAGUAUUAUCAAGGUGAUGCAGUUGCUAGAGUUUUGACUCCUUGGAUUAUGUACGAGCUCCAUGUCGCUUUCUUGAAUCCUGAUCAGGUGGACUUUGUUAGGAGGACCUAUGUUAUCUGUAACGUAAGUUAUACGGGUGAACAAGGAGGAGACGUCCACAAAGCUGGUCCUGAUGAAGAACUCUCUCCGCCGUGUGAGGAGGUAUUGGCCCCAACCACGGUGUUCACUGACAACAACUGUCCUAAUGCGCAGGGCUUAUUUAUUACAGAGGAAGCUAUAGAUAGGAACCGCAAGAAACCACCGCAUACCUAUCUCAACAACUUGAUCCUAGGCAUCAUCCUCUUGCUGGCUCUCACUGGCAAAAUCAUAUCAUCAUCAGUCUCUCUAGAAAACUCAAAGGUAACAAAUACCAGUGGCCUCUGUGAGUCCUGUCGCUGUUUCAAUCAAGCGAACUCGAAUUCGUCCUCGUCCAUUUCAGGCCAAACGGAAACAAACAGGGCCACAUUUCUAAUUCAUCAUUUCACAAGUUUCCAUUCCUUGUUCAUGUCAUAUAUGACGGUGUCUCCAGCUAAGAAGGUCCAUCAAGUGUUCUUGAACUUCCGGGGAGAGGAACUGCGCUACAACUUUGUCAGCCACCUCGGUGAUGCUUUCGAGAGGCACAACAUCAAGUUGUUCGUAGACAAAUACGAGCAGCGAGGCAAAGACCUUAAAAAUCUAUUUGUAAGAAUCGAAGAGUCGAGCAUUGCACUCGCAAUCUUCUCUACUAGAUAUCCAGAAUCUAGGUGGUGUAUGGAUGAGUUGGUUAAGAUGAACAAACUUGCGGAUCUAGGAAAGCUCAGAGUCAUUCCAAUAUUCUACAAGGUGGAGGCAGGAGACGUUAGAAAACAAACAGGUGACAGUGAGUUCGGUAAAAAUUUCUGGAGGCUAGCCGAAGCUUCUAGUGGAGAUCAGAUCAAGAAAUGGAAAGAAGCCUUGGAGGGUAUUACCAAUAAGAUGGGUUUGUCUUUAGGAGACAACAGCGUUGAGUCCGAUUCUGUCAAGGAAAUCGUUGAGGGGGUGCAGAGAGUUAUAGAAUUAAUUGGACUCGAGGAAGAAGUUAGGUCGCCCAUAUGAUUGAAUUCUCCUAUUUCAAGAGGAGCAAAUCAGCAACCAAAUGUUGUCACGUAAUUAGGGGAGGUGACAACAUUUGAGCCCUCUUUUACUUUUUUUGUUUUGUUUAUUUUUGGCGGUUUCUUGUGAGAAAUAUCAGAACAUGGAUAAAGGUCUUGAUAGGAAAAUUCAUUAAUUCUCCUUGAACCCUUAAAAGUUAAAACUUAAGAAGAAGAGUACUGAGACAUAAUUACAAAAACAGAACAAAGCUUUUGAUUAGAAUGUAAGCCUGCGAGGCGGUCUUGAUCAGACGCCUCCUAAUCGCAUCACAUUUACACGUUUUGCUCAAGCUACUUCUCAGUCUAGCCCUCUUGGUUUGGUCCAAUUCCAUGCAUCACUCCACCUCUCUUAACUAACCUAAGAUCUUUGAACAUUUUCUA